GUCGUUUUGUUCGUUCAGUUCUGUUACCCUAAUUGAGGCACAUGUUUGGCUUGUUCUUGAACUUGUGGAGGCUGCAAUUGACUUCUUGUUGCAAUUGAUGGCAAGUACUGAAUGGUAUCCAUUGCAAUUGUUGGUAGCUCUUCAAAUAAUUCACUUUUGGAAUAAUUAUAAUUGUUGCUGAAGAGAGUUAAAUAAAGACCAGGAAUUUCACUGCCAGAAACGUUCAAUAUUAUGGAGAUUGAAGCCGACGCAAGAGAUAGUUCUCUCGUUCUGCUCAAGCAAGGAGCUGAAGCUAGGGUUUUUGAGUCUUCUUUUGUGGGAAGGAAAUCUGUUGUCAAGGAACGCUUCUCAAAGAAGUACAGGCAUCCAACUUUGGAUUCAAAAUUGACCCUCAAGCGCUUAAAUGCGGAGGCAAGGUGCAUGACCAAAGCAAGGCGACUUGGGGUUUGUACUCCUGUGCUGUAUGCUGUGGAUCCUGCUUUGCACACGUUAACAUUUGAAUAUGUUGAGGGCCCUUCUGUCAAAGAUGUGUUUCUUGAAUUCAGGUCACAUGUUGUCAAUAAAGAGUGGCUGGAUGAUAUUGCAUCCCAAAUUGGUGAUGCAAUUGGAAAGCUACAUGAUGGUGGUCUUAUUCAUGGUGAUUUAACAACAUCAAAUAUGUUACUGAAGAGUGAUACAAAGCAGUUGGUUCUUAUCGAUUUUGGUUUGAGCUUCACUUCAACUCUACCAGAAGAUAAGGCUGUUGAUUUGUAUGUUCUGGAAAGAGCUCUUAUUUCAAUGCAUUCGUCAUGUGGGAAUGUGAUGGAUCAGAUACUUGCUGCAUACAGGAAGUCAUCAAAGCAAUGGUCAUCCACAUUGAACAAACUUGCACAAGUGCGACAAAGAGGACGGAAGAGGACCAUGGUUGGAUGAAUCUUUAUCAAAUUUCAUUUCAUUAUUGAGAUAUAAAAGAGAUGGCAACUAUGGAUGUUAUGUAAUUUAUUUUUACAUUGUCUCUUUAUUGCAUAUUUGUAGUCUGCUUUUCUAACUGUUUAUAAAAAUGCAAUGACUUUUGAACUUUUUUUUGACAUUUAUUCCUACUGAGUGUGCAACUAACAAAUCAAAAUUGUUUGAAA